AUGCAUGCCAAGCCCUCCUCGAUUGCAUGCCCCUACUACCACCACCUACACUGCCAUCAAGUCCCCUUCCAGGUGCACUCACUUCUAGGUGAUAACGGCCUUCCCCGCUCUACCCACUCCUCCGCUACGGCACACGCCAACUCCACCAUUUGUGUCCACUUCCCUUACUUCUGCUCCAACAGCACCGGUGUAUUCGCAUGCAACCACCCCAUCUAUAAGGUCAAGAUGGACGACGGCCUCGACACCAUCGCCCACAACAUCUUCAACAGAUUCAUCACCUACAAGGAUGUCACGAUGGCAAACAAGAUCUCGAACCCCAACAAGAUUGAGGUGAGGCAGAAGCUGUGGAUCUCACUGUCAUACAACUGUGAUCCAAUGGACGGUGCCACUAUGGUCCGCUACGACCACAUGGUCGUGGCCAGGAGCUUAGUAAAGAGGAUCGUGGUGGAGUUUCGGAAUGAACAAGGACAAAAGUGA